GCGCCGCCACACUUGCGCACGGAGCUUUCGAGGAGCGACGGUGAGAUGUUGGUUCAACUGCGGCUCAGCGACUCCUCCGUUGAUCCCAGCUUCACGUCGGCGAGGAGCGCAGGGGAGCCUCGGCGAUGCGCUCAGCGGGGGGCGCGUCGGAGUUGAAAUAAGGCAAAGACGGGGGGAAGCGCGAGGAAGCGGCCGAGGGGGAGGUUUUUCCUGCGAGGAUGACUGACUGGUGACAAAGAAACCGGGGAAACGUGGAGCCCAUCCGGCUGCGCUCGUCACCUGCCGAAACUUGACCGACGCGUUUCAGGGGACCGGCGCGCGCUGACUCGGGCGGCCGGAGAUUUCUGCCACCUUCUUCUUCCUGGAGGGGAACCAUGCCGGUCCGGAGGGGUCAUGUUGCGCCACAGAACACAUUUCUGGGAGUAAUUAUCCGUAAAUUCGAGGGACAGAACAAGAAAUUCAUCAUAGCGAACGCCCGCGUGCAGAACUGCGCUAUCAUCUACUGCAACGAUGGCUUCUGCGAGAUGACGGGCUUCUCGCGGCCGGACGUCAUGCAGAGGCCGUGCACGUGCGACUUCCUGCACGGCCAGUUCACCAGCCGGCACGCCGUGGCCCAGGUGGCCCAGGCCCUGCUGGGCUCGGAGGAGCGCAAGGUGGAGAUAACCUACCACCGCAAAGACGUCUUCGGCCUGCGUCAGACUGGAUGGAGCUAUCUGGGAUCUGUCAUCUUCAGGUCCCUCCACUCAAGGACGGUCAGAACCAUUCUAGCGCUGUCUUGGGGUUUGCUUUGGAUGGUUAAGGUGAGACAUCACCGCGGUCUCAGGUCUCAGAUCUGCAGAGCAUGAGAGGAGUGAUCCCUCAUCCCUUCAGGCUACUCACUGCCCUGUUGCUGCCGGGGUCAAGAGCAGGCUUCACUGUGGGGACAGAGCCGUCGCUAUAGGCAUGGUUCUCCAAAAGGAGUUCAGCCUUUGUCCUCGCGUCACAUUCAGUAACUGCAGCGCUGCACAGACGUUCAAAGCAAACUCAAAUUCUGGUUGCUAAAUAAAAAACACCACAAAAGUUAAUGAUAAAACCUUUUUUAAUGACCCCCGAGUUCAAGGUCUUUCAGUGUCAUUCUGCCUCCAUAAAAUCCAUACUUGCUCCCUACGUUCCGUCCUCCAGCAUCCAAAGAAACAGGGAUCCGUUUUUUGGUUUUAAGCUUAAACACCAGAGCUGCUUCACACCAACUCAGGUUUGUAGCACCUAAACCACCUAAACAAGGGCCUAAACCACAUUUAGGCCCUUCUGUCUUUUCCGUCAGAGCUUCCAGACAGACAGGAGGCCGCCCCCUCCUCGUCUCUCUGAACGCUAUGAACCACACCUCCUUACUGUACAUUUGAAUGAGUCUUUGGCCUCAUUGAGGAUUCAGAUGCCUCUGCAUACAGACAAGUGCUACAGCUAACAGUCACAACAGGCUGGAGAUGAACAGCUUCAAGACAAUAGCGCUGGUAAUUCCCGUCUGCAGCACUGCAAUGACAGCUAUGGAGCUCUGGUACCACCAUCGCCAAGGACCUUAAAUGUUAACACAUUAAUAUAUGCUCCAUAACAACGCAGGCCCAGUAGAGCAUGUUCAUCCUCAGGCUGCUGUAUUCUACUUCCAAGGAGGCCGUCCUCCCAGCUUCACUGUGUGUUGCGGUGCACACAUUAGACCGCAGAGCUUCAUCAUCUCAGCUGAGAAGAUCGCUCGCUUCAAACCUCCCCGUCUGAUCAGCCACACUUGUCUGAGGCCAGAUACCAUGCAGACGCUGGACACCUUACAGCUUCGAACUGCUUCUUUCAGGGGAAAACGACUAUCUUGAUGUCUUAAUGGGACAUUUUAUAAAGUGCAGCAUUGAGCUAAAGGACAAGAAAUAAAUCAGCGUGAAGCAGUGCUCAAUAUUUCUCCAGGAAUAGUGUCUCAGCUGAAACAAUGCUCUAAUAAAAACCAGGUCAAUGUGAGAGAUUUUAGGUUUAGAUUAAAAAAACAUUAAAAUGAAUGAUUUGAGGUUGUAGCCGUUUAAAAAACAAUUAUAUUUUAGAUGGGACUUCUUCAGUGGCCCUUGGUAUCCAGCACACAGCUCUCAGCCUGUAUCUCUGCUGUCUCCUGUACCGGGAUGUUAGAGGAAAUGUCAUUGUGCAGAGAUGAUUGCUCCUCUCGUGGCGACCGUAGAGAUUUCUGCGAGGCAAUCUUCUUUUUUUAAAUCCCAUGACCCCGGGUCUGCAUAAACUCUCCUUCACGGUCCGCGAGGAAGACUGUGCUCGUCAGCACAACCCCGGGCACAUUGUUAGCGCUUUAUGAUUCGGCCUCUGCUGAACCACUCAGUAUUUGGGCUUAUCUCUGUGACCUAUAGCAGCGAAGCAGCUGUUGUUAACGUGGCAGAAGUUUAUUGAAGCUGCUUGACAUUUAGAUGCUCUAAAAGUCCGGACUAAAUAUUCAGUUCAGUACUUUCGACUUUAGUGUCAUUUUGUUUUUUGUUAAAGGCCACCACCUGCGGUUUCCUCCAGCGCUACUUUAUGCUGCCUUCACAGCAUCGUCGUGUUGUGUUGACAGAUGUGAUUUUUCAGCUGAAUAAAUACAGCGAUUCGGAUUUUGAAAGCCAUUUUUCAUUUCUUUGUAGCUUAAGGCUGAACUGUGUCUAAGUUCUUCCAUGAUGUAUUAUCUAAACUGUGCCUCUACACAUCCUUGGUUUCCACCAGGAAAGACAAGCGCACGAUCAUCCCACUUAUUUGUGCAUUUCGGUCUUUGUUUACAUUCUUAACUAAUGGUAAGAAACAAAACGGAGUCUGUCUGAGAAGAGAGGACAGUGUUCAUUAUGCGUGACGUGGUGUGUGUGGGCUUAAUGUGUGAGGUGCGUUUUAAGGCAGGGGACGAGGGAAAGGCGACUGUUUGAAAUAAAUGAAUCAGAGCUACAUUUACAAUGACGGAGCCCCAGCUCCCUACAUAAUACGUAUGUUUGCAUAACUUUCAUAGAUGUCUGGUAACCCAAAGGGGUCUAAUGACUUGCUCUGUGUGAAGUCAACUGGGGUUUCACGGACAGUAGCUGCUGGUUUACUGUGUAUAUGUCUGGACCCUGAUAUUAGAAGCUGUCUUUGAAUCGAACGACAGCCAGGUGAGAUGACAGAUGAGGGUCGUAACACAUCAAACAUAUUCUAUAUAUCACAUAUAGGGGCCCUGAGAUAAUAUAUAAACCGUAUCAUAUCAGUAUGUGCAAUCCUUAAUGUACAGUAAUACUCUUGUUAAAGUUCAACUUUCCCAGCAGCAUUUACUACAGUGUGAGUAACAUACUGUUCUCAUUCAGCAUCACUUACUAUAAAUGCUUUGCCAUCAAAACAAAUAAUUGAGCCCUUAGGUCAUCUGUUUAAGAUUUAAGAUUGAACACUGCACCGUACUCACCAAGUGCAACAGUUCAGACAGCGAUUGUUAGCCUGCAGCCUUUAAUGUGCUAAUGAAUGCACUCAGUCUUGCAAAAUAAAAUGUGCAAGUUAGAGAUUAAGCUUUUAAAUCUUCCCCUCUUAAUGAUGGCUUCGGAAAUCGGAGUAAAAACAAACGGCUCUGACGAGCGCAGAACAUAUUUACCGAGCAGCUCUGUCUGCCUCUCCGUCCAAUGAUUCAGACUGAACCUCUCCAUACUAAAGAGCUCGCCUGGUCCUUGGUGUAUUAAGAAAUCCAUGGGCUCAGUGCACAGUAAAAGCUCUCAUUUGAAAAUAGCAAAUUAAAUGAAGCAUUGAACUAGAAACAGAUAAAAGUUGCUUUGUUACUUCAGAGAUGUGCAGAGAUUGGUUUUCUAGCCUUUUGUAACAUCUACAAACCUUAGAUUGUGUAUCACUAAAGAUUUGAAAACACAAAAUGCUUGAUGGUAAACUUGUAUAAAAAACUUAAAUUAAAACUCAAAUUAAAUACUGAGUCAGUGAUGUCUUGGUUGUGGUCUUGAAUUGAGUUAUUUGAGCUCCUAUACUGUAUGAACUUGACCUGGAGAAGUGAAGAUAUUGCGUAUGCCAUACUUGCAGAGCGAAAUGCAGACAUGCCAAUGGAAACUAUUUAAGGAGUGUCUAUGAUGGAUGUUAUUUCUCCAGUGUCGACGCUGCUAAUGCAACUACAUUGGAGAGUAACGAGUGACUAGUCAGUGGGGCCCUGCAGCCUCGCACCAAGCUGGACACGAUGACUGAUGAUUUGCCUGGAGCAGCCUGAAUCCGAUGGUGCGACUCUGGAAUGGAAGCCAUUUAUGUUAAAAAAAAAAACAAAAAAACAAUUCUUGUAGAUCCACCACUGUGCAAACAAGAUAAGCCUUUAUCCCAUUUCCCCUGCAGUCACCCCUCAUGUUCUCAGGUUGAGCUGCAUUUGAAAGCAUUGCAUUGACCAGCUCAUAUCUGUGAGAGACCAGAGCAGGCGAAGGACGGGGCAAAGCAGAGCAACAAAAACAGAAGGGAGGCGAGACAACAGGCACCUGAAUGCAACACAAGUUAAAUGCUAAAUAGAGAGUAGAUGAAGGUACGGUUGAUUGGCUUCAGUCACGUGGCCCCGCCUCUGUCUCCAGCAUCCUCCAUCUAACUCUCUGCAAAGUGGGUUCCCUCUUUAGGUCCAAGUAAAGUGACUCUAAAAUACUGCGGUGCCGGUAACGUCUAGAGCAAAUCAUAAAGGAUCACACAAAUGAAGAUUCAUGAAUUGGUUCAACUUGAGGUCUCCCGAGCCCCAGAGAAAGCUGCGGACCGAGCCCCCUCCCCUUUCUUGACCUAAAGUGACACUGACAGAUUUGUGUUGUAGCAAAGGCUUCGAUUUCCUCUUCCGUGCCUCGCAGUGGAUCUCAUUUAUAACGAGUCUGUUCAACGACUCCCCCCAGGCUUCCAGCAACAAGGAGCGGCUCGCACAUUACAGAUCGCCCGCUUACAAGAAAAGCCGAUUUGCGGUUGCGCUCCUCGGCCGCUGCCGUUAUAGAUUGUGGUGUUUUCAAAGCAGAUCGUGCCCCCUGCUGUGCUCUGGCAGUCCCAUUUGAACGCACCUCCGUUCUGUAGCGUUUGAUUGGUUUAGGUCAAUUUCCUCCCGUCUGACACGUCCUUUUCCACGCCGCUCCGUUCCCCAUAACAAGCGUUGCUGUGUUGUACAGCAUAGUGUUGUCCUGGCAACCACUGAUUCGCGCUCGGAUUCGUCCUGGCGUUAUGUGCCGGAGGGGUUCAAAGCCGGGGGAACACAGCGAACAAGUGGGACUGGGUCACGCGGUCCUGGUACCGGCAUCGAACGCAUCUCGUCCAUUCGCCGAGUGCGACUAACGCCGGAAAAUGAACUUUGUGAUGCUGGUGUAAAGUCAUAAUGAGUUCACAUCUCAGACACUCCCAGCAUUUCAUAUACGGUGGAGCAUGACUUGGUGACUAACUCCUACUGUGUGAAGUCUUGAACCAUAAUGCAAUAGAUCCUAAAAAGAUCCUAAAAAAAUGUCUCACAAAAUGCUUCCUCUCCUGACGUACAGGUGUGCACAGCUGGAGUAACCGAACAUCAGCUCUCUGCAUCACCUUUAUUUACGCCGCAGCUCAGCACUUUGUUCAUUAUCAGUGACUUUUAGUGUUGUUUGUCCAAACCUGAUAGAAUAAGUUCUCUUUAUAACAGCUGUUUAAGAGUUAUUUUGUUACAAUUAUCCUGGUUUUAUUAGCCGGCGCUGCUAAUAUGCUCAAACACUAAAAAGCAUGUUAGCAAUAUUAAUGACAACGCAGCGCCAUGUUAUUGUGAGAGAUAUUUUACUAAUGAGAUGGCAGUUUUAUAGUUGUGUAUUCAUCAGGGGUCUCACCUCCAUGUAAGUGUCUGAUACCUUGUAAAAUGUUGUAAGACUGCCAGCGUCAGCCGUAUACACCAGCUUAUAUCUCCACCGUGGGUUUGCAGGCACCGUGCCAGUGAAUAAAUGUAGGUCAUUGAUGUCGAAUCCAAGGAUCCCCCCCCCCCCCCCCCCC